AUGACUAUCAUUAUCUACACUUCCAUCCUUCUUCUUUUGAUCAGCACAAUCGACGGGCAACAAUCGACGUGUAAAGCCAACGAAACUUUCCGAAGCUGCGGUGCGAAUUGUGUUGAGACAUGCGACUUCAAACCUCAUAUGUGCAUGGCUGUAUGUAAAUCCGGUUGUUUCUGUAAUGCUGGAUAUGUUCGUCAAUCAUCAGCAGCUGACAGUCCAUGUGUUAAACGUGAAACUUGCAAACAGAAAGAAGACACGUCGGUUUGCGGCGCCAAUGAAGAAUAUCGAACGUGCGGAUCAGCUUGUGUCGAAACAUGUACUUUCAAGCCUCAAAUAUGUACUGAACAAUGCGUUGCCGGUUGCUUUUGCAAGAAUGGCCAUGUUCGUCGUGAUGGCAACAAAAAGAGCUCAUGUGUUAAACGACAAGAAUGUUAG